AUGGCUGAUGGGCAAAGUGCUAGUCAGGCAGCUCCUAUGAAUAGUUUUGCCCCAGUAGUUGGUUCUGAUACAGUUUCACAGUUUGCUACUUUGAUUACUCAGAUGAUGAGCGAGACACAGAAUAGAGUUUCUGCUGUUAGAUUUAAAGAUGUAGAUAGACAUCUACAAAUGUUUCUGAUAUUGAAGCCUCCAAGGUUUGAGGGCAUUGUUGAGCCCAUAGCAGCUAAGGAUUGGUUGAGGAGAUUGGAAAAGACAUUUGAUGGCAUGCAAUGUCCUCCUGAUAGAAAGGUACUGUUAGCAGUUUUUCUGUUGGAUGGUGAAGCAGAGCGCUGGUGGAUGGGCCAACAACAAAUGCAUGAGAAUUUUUUGAGGAUGGUUCAAGGGAGCAAGACAGUUAUGCAGUACGAGGCAGAGUUUACUGCUUUAGCCAGAUAUGCUCCACAGUUGAGAGCUCGAUUGAUAGAAAAUGAUCUGAUGGCUACUCAGCAGCGGUGGACUGCUACUAGGAAGAGAUUCAGUGGUGUUACAUCCAGUAGUGGUUUUUUUGGAAAGAAAAAUAUAUUUGUAUCUCGAGACUCCAAAAGGAGUGGACAGUCAGUAUCUGCUACAGUUUCUGGUAGUGGCAAUAUGGCCAGUUCUGGAUCAGUUAGUGGGGCCUCGAGCUUUGUUAGACCGGCGGGAAAGAAUAGGGCAAUUCCUCCCCGUACUGUUUCUGAAGGAUCAUCUAGUAGAGCUGGUGGUUCGGGUUCUUUGGCUAGAAGACCACCUAGUGGUAAUCAGAGGGAGCCUAGUAGUUCUGUAGCUCCAGUUCAGCCACGUGUGUACAAUUUGAAUCAACAAGAGGCUCGUGAUACUCCGGAUGUGGUGACAGGUACGAUUUAUAUUUCUGAACAUCCCUGUCGUGUUUUGUUUGAUUCUGGAGCUAGUCAUUCAUUUAUUUCCGAGCGCUUUUUUGAUGAUUUGCAACUGGUUUCCGUUACAUUACCUGUUUCGCUUUCUAUAGAUUGUCUAAAGAAGCAAGUUACAUUAUUUAUGGAUGGUGAAAGGUGUGUAUUCCAAGGGUUAAGAGGUACUUUAUCCUGUUUGAUUUCUAUGUUGAAAGUAAGAACAUUGUGGAAGAAGGGCUGUAUGGUUUUUUUGGCCUCAGUACGGGAUAUGAAUAUAGAUGCGGGUUCUAUUUCUGAUAUCCCGAUUGUACGAGAUUUUUCGGAUGUAUUUCUAGAAGAGUUAGUUGGUUUACCUCUGGAUAGAGAUGUUGAGUUCUGUAUUAAUGUAUUUUCGGGUAUGGCUCAGAUAUCUAAAGCUCCGUACAAGAUGGCUCCGAAAGAACUGGCGGAGUAA